AUGUCCAAUUCCGCCGCCAAAGAAUCUCCGUCGUUUCCGUUAUCGUCAUUACCAGAUGAAGUGGCUUUGAGCUGUCUAGCUCGAGUCCCGAGAUCGGACCACUUAGCCUUAUCUCUCGUCUGCAAAAGAUACCGUUCUCUCGUACUAUCCCCUGAGUUCUACAAGAUGCGAUCACUAUUGGGUCGCACAGAGAAGUGUAUCUACGUAUGCGUAAGUCCCCAUCCUAACUCAACCCCUCUCUGGUUCAUCCUCCGCCCUGAAAAACCCAAAACCCUAGAAACCUCCGCCGUGAAUCCUCGUCUUAUGCGUCCGAUCCCUUCGUUCCCCUUUCAGCCUCCGCGAACAUCCUCGGUGGUGGCACUGGACUGGGGGAUUUAUGUAAUCGGUGGAUUUGGGUUAAACGAGAAGCCCACUUCGGAUGUCUUGCUCUUGGAUUGUCGGACUAACACGUGGCGCCGAGUCCCUUCCAUGAGAGUGGCUCGAUUUAGUCCUGGGGCUGGAGUCAUGGACGGGAAGAUAUACGUGUUCGGUGGCCGACCAGACGAUGAUUCCACCAACUGGGGAGAGGUGUUUGAUCCAAAGACUCAAACUUGGGAUACUUUAGUGCCAUUGCGGGAUAGGAGUGAAAAAGAUGGUUUCAUCCGCGAGAGCCUUGUUAAGGAGGACAAGGUUUAUGGAGUGAAAUGGUUUGAAGGAAGUGUUUAUUACUCUCCUAGUGAUGGUAAAUGGGGAAGAACGAAUAGGCCAGAUCUUUUAAGUUAUUGUGUAGUUGAGGAAUUGUUAUACGGUUUUGAUAUGAGCUUCGGGCGAGUGUUUUGGCGCGAGUCUGAUGAAUCGGAAUGGAAGAUAGUUAAGGGUUUGGAAGCUCUGCAGAUGAUUUUUCAUGGGCAGUUUUUUGGUAACUCUAUGUUCUCUAAGAAUAUCAGCCAAGUGAACUCUUUUGGUGUGAACGUUGUUCUCUUCUGGCUUGAGCGUAGUGAUGAUGAUGAGAGAUUGGAUGUUUGGUGUGCCGAGGUUUCGUUCGAAAGACGAGAGGAGAAAGGGGAGAUUUGGGGUACGAUUGAGUGGAAGGAAGCUGUCACAACAGUUGAUCGUGCUCCUUUUGGUCCCUUUGGUGGCGAUCAUAAUAAGGUUUUGUAUUCUGCUACCGUCAAUAUCUGA